AGUCUAAUCACAAACCCGCUGUCUUGCCAUGUGGGACAAACGACCCCUCAGUUAUGACAAAAAUUCAGAGCGGAGCAGAAAUAUCUUUGCUACCUUCGUACUACGCUACGGGAGGGGCUUUCUCCUCCUUCCCCUUAUACGCAGCUAUGCACCGGAUCGGAAUGUUUCGCAGUAUCUCUAUUAGGGUUAUCUGCAUGAGGGGUUUGUGCGGCAUGAACGCAGCUUCACGCAACAUCAUGGACCCCGCAUCGAUUGCCGGUAUGGCAAGGCAAUAGUCUGUCCCAAAGCUCGGUGGCAUAUUAUAAAUUUCCCCCGCUCUCUUCCCGUUAAUGCCAAGUUUCCCGUGAGGAGACUUGAUUGUUGGCAUGGUAGUGCAGUCGAAGUCUAUAAAGUUCACCAGACGCUCUGCCCUGCUCCUCCAUCUCAAACCAUCUUCUCAUCUCACAACGAGUUCCAACCUUGCAAAGUCGAAAGCAGAGGCAACAUUCCUCUUUCCCCAAUCCAUAAUCAUGCCCGAACCCGUUGACCUCGGCAAACUCGUCGACCUGAACCCAGGUCUCGGGCCCCAGCCGCCCAUGACCUACGAU